UAUGUUUGACCCAUAAACCCAUCUAACAACCGUUGCUAUAGAAACUUUCCAUGGCGAUUUCAAAAGUAAAUCGAAUGACAAAAAAUAACCGACUUUUUAGUGAAAACAUGUUCCAGAGCCCCCCAGAAAAACCACGUCGAACUAUUCGUUAUGUGGAAGAAGCGUUCAGACAGAUCCAACAAAAGAAAAAUAUACGCGACAUAGUUAUUAUUAAUGAACGUGGACAUCCAGUAAAAAGCACAAUGGAACACGAAGAUGCAGUUAAAUUUGUUGGUUACUUUCAAGAGAUUCGAGGCAGAUUGGAGAGAGGCAUGGAGAAAAUUGAUCCCACCGAUGAACUGCUAAUGAUAAGAGUACGCACGAAAUUUCACGAAGUAUUAUUAAGUCCCGAUUCCAAAAUAACUUAUAUUGUCGUGCAAAAUGCAGAAAAAUAAAAA